AUGCGAGACAAGGAGCGACCGCGCCUUGAGAUCCUUCUUGACAAGGAUUGUAUCUUUCUCAAGGGUACCGGGGUCGAUGUGGAGCCUGCUCGUCUCUCGGGGCAUUCGACGUCCAUCAAGGAAAUCACGCUUCAGUUCAGAGGAAAGGCACGCUUACCAGUGCCCACUAAUGAAUCGUAUGUAACAGGAUGUCACUCAACUCCUCAGCCUUUGACGUAUAUCGUUUGCAACCACGAAUGGUCUUUCCUGGAAGGAGAAAAGAAACAUAGUCAUACACUGAAACCCGGCCGCCACUUUUUCCCCUUCCAACUGCAACUAGGUGGCUCUCUUCCAUCUAGCAUCGCAACGGGGGUUAAUGGAGGCGCCUUUGUCGCGUACAAACUACGUGCUCACGCCGUACGUCCGGGUCUUAGUCACAACCUCCAGACCUUCGCGCCGGUGACGUUAAUUCGCUCAUUCGCGCCAGAAGCCUUGGAGUAUCAGCAGACCUUGGAAAUAGAAAACACCUGGCCGGAGAAGCUCAUGUAUUCCAUCAUGAUUCCUCACAAAGCAUGGGCUGCCGGCGACAUCUUGACGGCUCUGGUCAAGUUUUCGCCGCUGUCAAAGGGCGUUGGAGUCUUGAGCAUAACUACCACCGUGCAGGAGACGACGAAGAUUUAUGCACGGACGGGUGCUCAAGAAUCUUCUCGUACCGUCGCGACGGUUCGACACGAGAUUGUCGGGGGGAAAGCUGUCGAAGUCAAGGAGCAUCGUUGGAAGCCAUCGCCAACCACGCCAGGACAUUCAGUGCCUACUACACCGAACCCGACACAUUCCUUAUCAUCAAGUCCUCGGAACAGCACGCACUCUGGCAGCAGCGGUGGAUAUUUUUCCUUCAAUCCUCAUCACGCGUCAUCUGCGUCAUUGGCAGAAGCCGGACCUUCGAACGUUACGACAUCACCAUCUACUUCCACUGAUCACACCGAGAACCUUGAGAUGAGCAACGACGACAUCGUGACUUACCUUACGUUUCCAAUACCCCUCUGCAUUACGCCAACUCAUGCCCUCGAACCCAUUAAUGUCAGUCAUAGAAUACGAUGGAGUAUCCUCAUCCUUAAUCUCGAUGGUCACACGUCAGAGCUGCGCUGUUCUCUUCCUCUCCACCUUCUUGAUUAUCGGCUGCUGGAGGAAGCUCGUUCGCAUACGUCUGCCACUCGGCGUCUUCUCCUUGGCGGUCCUGAAGUCCCACCAGAAGUACUUCAAGAUGAUAUGGAGCUUCCGAGUUACACAGCGCACGUCCGGGAUCGCGUAGCGAACAUGUUCCUUCCUGAGAGCGCCACAAUGCGGGUUACCAACCCGUGGGUUCACGGUGGUAUCAGUCCUACCGUUGUCAGCAACGCAGGUGCCGAAGCCCUCUCCUCACCAUGGCCCCGGUCCACGUCUGGAAACUCGACACCUCUCGAAGCUCAUCUCUUAGCACACCUCCCUCACGCGCCAGGUUCAGGUGAUAGUACGCCACUGGACUGGGUAAAUUCCGAGCUUCUACUUUCCCUUUCGGAGGAAGACCCGCCUACGUUAAGUGUGAACUCACGUCAACCGCCUCCCCAUUCACCAUCGGAUCACACGGAUUCCAACCCCGCUACAAGACCAAGCAGUCAUCGCCCUAGCCGGCUCUCCAGUCGUUCCGCAAGUCCUGACCGCGGUCUCCACGUCGCAGGCCCUCACGAAACUUACGUGCACAGCGGAAACGCCAGUCGGAACAUCCACGGAUUGUUCAAAGCCUCGAUGAAACCCUUCUCGUCACUCGCCCACCCACACUGGCUCUCUUCCCGUUCGAGUUCCCACUCGAAUAUCGAACAACAACGGCAGGCAACGAUGCCAGCACGUCCCCCGGUGCACCUGAGUGAUCCCAAUUCUGGUACGGCAUUGUUGCAUCGGGCGUUUACGGAAGUGCCGGAUUACAGGAUUGCUGCGAGGGGAUUUAUUGGGGGUGUUCCGCCGUUGACGAGUAUGCGGGGUCUGCCGUCGUAUGAGGACGUCGAGCGCUCGCAGGGUGACUCUGAGCUGGCUGCGAGGUUUCCGCGAUUGGACGUGGCGAAUAGUCCGACGAUGAUGAUGACUCGUGCUAGUUCCUCGUCAUAA